UUUAUUUAUUUAUUUAUUUUUUUACUUUCUUUAGAUCCAUUUUUUACUGCAGAAGUUAACUCCUGCCUGAUAGAGCAUGAUACUGGACCGUGCCGUGGAUAUUUCCCAAAGUUUUAUUACGAUGCCAGAACCGGACAAUGCAAAGAAUUCAUCUAUGGAGGAUGCCAGGGCAAUGGAAAUAGAUUUGAUACAAAGGAAGAGUGCUUGAAGGAAUGCAGUAGUAUGCAAAAAAUAGAGAAAAAUAUUGCUUUAAAUAAUCCAUUUUUUACUGCAGAAGUUAACUCCUGCCUGAUGGAGCAUGAUACUGGACCGUGCCGUGGAUAUUUCCCCAAGUUUUAUUACGAUGCCAAAACCGGACAAUGCACUGAAUUCAUUUAUGGUGGAUGCCAGGGCAAUGAAAACAGAUUUGAUACAAAGGAAGAGUGCUUGAAGGAAUGCAGCAGUAUGCAAAAAAUAGAGAAAAAUAUUGCUUUAAAUAGUAAUGUUGAAGUUUUGGAUUAUAUUAAUAAUAAUGAUAUUUCGAGCAUUAGUACUUUUGAUUUCGAAAAUUCGUAUGCAAGUAUACCACAUGGAAAGAUUAUUGAGAUUUGUGACGGCAUUUAUGAUAGGUAUUUAUUUAAUGAGAAAAUUGAUAAGUCUAAUUGGUUGGAUUUAUUUAAGUUUAAUCUUUCUGAGAAUGUUCUUUAUAAUGGUUUAGAUUUUUAUAAACAAAUUAUUGGAAUUCUACAAG